GCAAGCGCGCAUAUGUGUCAUCGGGACAGGUAGAGCACACACGAGCGUGUGUGCACUCGACACAAAGGCACGGAGUACAGAAAAAUAUAUCCUUACGUAUAUGAAUAUGGAUGAGCGCCUGGAUUUUUAUCUAUGAAAAUAUAAAAUGCGAUAAAAAGUAGAGUGUACUGUUAUACGCGCGUGCAGGUGAGUCUGGAACUAUUUUACGAACCUGAAGAUUCUCUAUGCACGGAAGUAGCGAUCUCGCUUUUAAUUAUUGAGAGAGAGAAAAAAAAACAAGAGGCAAAAUGAGAGAGAAGAGAAAGAAUAGGAGUUCGUAGUGAUUGAUACAAUCGCGGGUAGGUGCGAGUGAAAAUUUGUCCUGGAUAGUUGGAGAUCGUAAACGCUUUUACCAAACGAAACUCCAGCAGCACUAUUCUCGAGAGAGAUUUGAACGAGUGCACACAAAAAUGCUGGAUGACGCGUUGAAGCUUGCAACGUUGGAGCCCAACGAAAUGAUGUGAAAAAGUUCUCCAAGAAUUUCACAAAUUCUACUAUUUUGUUCCCUACCGAAUUUGCAAUUCGUAGUUAUUCAAUCUACACCAAUGAUUUCGUGCGGGGUGAAAAAUUGGUCAAUUGCAAAUGUGUUUUAUCGUUAAAUUCGUUGGAGUCCAGCGUUGCAAAUUUCAGAGUCGUAAUGCUGGAGCGAUGACAAAGAGCAAGGAAAAAUGUGUCUACUCUGGCGAUAGAACGUAAGAUGAUAAAAUAAUGGAAGUUGUCACAGAAACAUUGGAUAGAUAAUAAAGAGAGAAGAUAUGCGACGAAAGAAAAAAGCCGAGGAAAUAUUUGGCAAGCACGUCGGAAAUGAAGAAACUUAUUGUGUGAAAAUUUAAUAAAUGUUAUAAACACCGAUGCUGACGAAAUGAAAAAGUGAUUUAUCACUUUUCCAUCAACACCGAUACGAGGACGAACGAUAAAAAACAAAGUGUUUAUUUUUUUGGGACGCUCCUCGUGUAAGUUUUCGUUUCGACGAGGGGGAAUUAUUGCUCGUGGGGUCAGUUCUAAGGUAUCCUGAGAGGGUGGGUUUUUUAAGGGGCUCGUCAAACACGAAAGAACAUCAAGAUCAAGACGCGACGGAAGCGUAAGAAUUCUGGAAUGGUUUCUCGUUUUUUGGCUCAUUUAUGAUUUCGUGGUAAAGUAGGAAAUGCUGGAGACAGGAUUUCUCGAAAAAGUUUCGUAAAGAUGAAUUUUACACAAAUGUAUGAAUUGAGCUCGAUUAAAAACAAAAAAUAUGAUAAAUUGUUGAUUCGAACUCAAAUAAAAAAGUAUCGCGAGAGAUCGAGUUCCCAAUGUCACGUAGUUCGAUGACAGUUCAUCGAGUUGGACGGACGGAUUUGAAAAACGGAAGAGGAGAAAAAAUCAGUUUUGUAAAAAUUGUAUUUUUUGCUGGUUCUUUUCUUUCUCGAAAAUUGACGAUGAUUAAAAUCUGAUGGAUUGGCGGAAUCGGGACACCGACUACACGAGCGUCGACGAUUUGCAACUCGAAGACAGCAAAAAUCUAUUGGCAAAAUCUCGAAGUGACGCGAGUAUUUUUAACCUCGGAGGCUGCGAUGUAUGCACCGAAGAAACGGAGAUCGAUUACUGCGACUCGGACUCGAAGGACUUUGCAUUAGCCUUCGAUCGCCUGAGAUUGGGAGUUUCAGAUGACUCGAGGGACGCACCUUUGUCGAAUUUCGGUGAUCGUGGAACACAAACGUGUCCCUGUCCCGAUUGCACAGAAAAUAGUGAAUGUCGAGAGAUCAAAAGCAGAGAAAUUUCUUCCAUGAAACUCGUCGUCCAAGGGCCUGAAAUUCUGAAUUACCAAGGGUAUCAAUACACUCCGGACGACAUAGCACGUUAUUGGAAAAAAGAUUCGCGCAUGUGGUUAUGGAAGUCAGUGCGAUUGGCUCGAAGAAAAAUGGCAGAGGCCGAGGCAAAGACGUUGCCGAUCGAUUGUGGUCUCAAAAAGGAGCAAAGCCACAUUAUGGAGUAGAAAAAUUUUGAUAAAAAUAGCAAAUAAUUGUACAGCUCGACAGAGAGUUUAAAACUUUAGGAGGUUUUUUUGCAUUUUUUGUUUUAAAUUUAAAAAAAUGAAAUGAAGCGUCGACGCUCAUUUAUUUACAA